AUGUGCGUUCUUGUGUUUGUUGUGCUGGGCACGAGACGGAACAACAGGUUCCAAUCUAAUGUGAUGAAGUGUUGGGAUUCAAGAAUGAAGGCAACAAAUGAGAUGCUUAACUACAUGCGUGUGAUCAAAUUCCAGGCUUGGGAGGAGCACUUUAAUAAGAGAAUCCAGCCUUUCCGCGAGUCGGAGUUUAGCUGGCUGACCAAGUUCAUGUAUUCAAUCUCUGCCAAUGUUGUGCACCCCAGUACUUAUAUCAACUCUCACAUUUGGCACUGCACUCUUAUUGGGUGUCCGGCUUGA